UUUAUUUUUAAUUUCGAUCGGUCAGUUUACAUUUGAAAUCAAAAACCUAUAAUAUAAAAAAAAGUAUGUAGUAAUUUUUUUACAUUUUGUGUUUGGCCUCAGGAAAUAACAAGAUUCAAGCGAGGACAGGUAACAAGCAUUUGGGAGAAAAACACAAUUAACUGGGAGUACCGAAAAAAAUAAUGGAUAAUCACAUGUUACAUUGAAUUCAUACAAAAGAGGAUCACGAAUUGUCCGAGGUUCCGAGCAAACGUACGGUUUUUGUCAUGGGUAGAAAAAUGAUCAUAUUCAACAUCGAUUCUCCAAAUAAAUAAAACAAGGAUGGAAAAAGGCUUGUAAGUGAUUACGGUAAUUUUAUUGAGAAUUUUGGGAUCGAGAAUGCAUACGAUGAGGCGUGCGGCGAAUCGCGCCCUGCAGCACUGGAGGCUGGAUCGUCUGCGGCAGAAAGCCGGCAUCCACGACUUGGAGAGGCUGUCGAGGUUCCGCCACCUCUUCUCCGGGGUGCCGAGGCUCCUCAGGUUCAACUCGGCCUGCGUGAUGAGGAGCUGCGUCGCCCAGGUGGAGUUCGUGAUCGCCUUCAGAAUCCGCCGGGGCGUCCAGGUGCUUAGCUUUUACUCCGGGCACUGGGACCAGCUCACCGUCCUCCGCCUCCUCCACCGAGUCAAGCUGUUCCUUCUGACACGGACCAGGGACGCGCUCAUCGCGGCCGUCAGUUACAAGUUCGACUGGGACGCCAACAGGAUAACCGAAACCGAACUCCACACGCAUUCUAAAGAAUUUGAAACAUGUACCAAGCUGCUUAAGGACUGCACGGAUCCGAAAGGUCCUGGUUGCGCGGAAGGUGUACCGACUGAGCACGGCUGGGUGAGAGUGAUCCUCCAGGACAACAUCAGCAUUUGGAAAAAAGAAGUUCGAAGUGGCCUGUACACAUACAAAGUUUACGCCAAAUAUUCAGACGUAACGGCUGCAGAUUUCUUCAGUCUAUACCUCGACAUCGAAAAUCGUACCAAGUGGGACGCACACGCUAUCAUACUGAAGAUAAUUGACAGCGAGGUCGAAACAAACUCUGAUAUUAUCUAUUGGGAGACAAAAUGGCCGACCUUCUUCGCAAACAGGGACUACGUUUACAAUAGAAGAUGGAUGAUCGACCGGAACAAAAAUGUCAUGGUCAUCAAAAGCAAAAGCACGCAGCAUCCAGAUGGCCCUCCUAUUCCCGGGAAAGCGAGAGUUGUUGAAUAUUGGUCUUACGUGGUCAUUAAACCAUUUAAGGACUUUGAAGAGCCUGGUCUCGAGUUUUGUUUAACAUAUUUUGAUAAUCAUGGCGCUAGUGUUCCGAAUUCACUUUCUCAAUGGGUCACUGUCAGUGGUGUGCCUGAUUACGUAAAUCGGCUGAGGGCGGAGGCGUUAUUUUUGAAAAAACAGCGAGAAGCUAAUAAGAAGAAAAUCAAACCGGAAAAAAUUGUGGACGAAGAUGACGAGAAUAGAAGAAGAGAGGCGGAAGAACCUCCCAGUGAACCUCCUGAAGAUGGCGACUUCCCGAAACCCGAUCCGGCUUUCCUUAUAUUGUUCACGAUAAUGGAAAAAGUCAAAAAUGCAUCUUCUGACUUCUAGGAAAGUCCAACUUGUCUAGAACCGGAUAUCAGCGUUAGUUCAACAAGACUCGGAGACUUCUUACAAUUAAACGAGCGGCCGUUUGAAACUUUUGAGACAUUAUGUAAAUAAAGUAGUUGAAAAAAAAGUAAUAUAUAUUCCUCUAAUAUUCUCUAAAAUAAACACAUGUAAAUGUAAUAA